AUGGAUGCAGGUGGCGCAGUGGGUAGCGCUGUUGCCUCACAGCAAGAGGGUCUCAGGUUUGACUCCUGGCCGAGUGGCCAGGGUCCUUUCUAUGUACAUUCUAUUACCUGGCAUUGUGUUGGAUCACAAGGCCUUGGUUUGCCAGAUUAUUUUGAGGUAGUGACUGUGGAUGAUGUGACAGUCUUCUACUAUGAUGGCAAUAUGAAAAGUGCAAUACCUGUCCCUGAAUGGCUGAACCACACAAGUGCACAGCAAUAUUGGGAUUUCAUUACAUCAAGAGCAAAUUUCAACAAAGAAAAAAUAUUACAUGGUCUGAAAUCUGCCACUCAGCACUUUAACUUAACAGGUAAAUGUGCUUCCUAUAACAUUUACCAGGCCCACAGUCAAUGUGACCUUCAUCCAGAUGGAACUGCACGAGGCUAUUUAACUCAUGCAUUUAACGGCAAGGAUUUUACAAGCUUUGACAUUGAAAACAAAGCUUUUGUAGCCACGGUGCCUCAGGCAGUCCACUAUAAGAUGUUCCGGGAGAGAGAUCAGGCUGAUAUCGACUUCAUGUUCUUUUUCUACAAAACGUGGUGUAUUGACGGAAUCAAGGAGUUCCUGCAACUGGACCCCAGGCUACAUGUGAAGAAAGUUCCAGAGGUCAGAUUAUUUGAGAAGAAAAACUCUGCCUUCACAGAGAUCACAUGUCAUGUGACUGGGUUCUACCCACGAACAGUGCAGGUUCAGUGGUUUGGGUCAGACAUGCAGCCUGUGGUUGAGGAGGUGGAUAGUGAAAACAAAGUGCUACCAAAUGGAGAUGGUUCUUAUCAGAUAAGAAAGAGUGUUGUGAUACCAGCAGAACACACAGACAUACAUCACUACAGCUGUGUGGUCCAGCAUAGCAGCAUACCUGGAAAUAUCACCAAAACUUGGGGUAAGAUCCUGCUGAAUCCAAUACUGAUUUAUCACUUUUAA